AAGAAAAUGUUGAACAAGAAAAGAAUUCGCAAACCAAACGAAGAUAUAUAAAAUGGACUAAUGAUGAUAUCAUCAUUUUACUUGAUUAUAUUGAAGUAAAUUACGGACAUUGGAUGGAUUGUAAAAGAGAAUUCUAUAGAUUUAUUGAAAAAAAUGUUUUAAAACAUCAUACAGAAUUAGAAAUGUCUGUUAAAAAUCUACCAUAUGACAGAAUUCAUGAAAUUUUUGGUCAUCGAAAACGAGAAGAGUAUUUAAAGGAAACUCCUGAAAGUCUGAAAAUCUCUAAAAGUAAGAAGCGUAUAUUACAAAAUAAUGGUUCUUUAGGUGAUGAUGAACAGGAGGA